AUGUCAAGUGCUUCAAUCGUGUUGCCUCGUCCUGGGACAGCGAAGUCCAGUGACGCACUGCAGUCAAUCCAAGCUCCAUCUGAAGCUGCCUUUGUCGCAACCUUUGGUAACCUGCUACCACGAGCAUCAUAUCUGCAGACACCAAACGGCAGAGCCGCAUAUUACGAGCUGCCACCCUUAUCUCCCGCACCUACAGACCGCACAAGACCUAUUUCCCGUGUGCUUUUCGUGCACGGCGUCCAGACGCCCGCAAUCGGCCUGCAGCCAUUGGCAAGUGCGCUGUCUUCGCAUUUUCCAUAUGCUCAAUGUGUACUUGUUGACCUGUGGGGCCACGGGCUAACGGAUACUCCGUUUGUGGCGCACGACCCGGCACUCUUUCAUGCGUUGCUGGAGGCCUUGAUGGUACAGCUUGGGUGGGAAGAUGCCCAUUUCGUUGGUUAUUCGUUUGGCGGGUCAACGACAGCGACUUUCGCGGCUGCACACCCAGAACGUGUUGCGUCCAUGGUGCUGGUUGCGCCCGCAGGUCUAAUCCGCGCAACACAAUUUAACGAGUUGCAGAGGAGUUACUUACAUGGCGGCGAAGGAUUGGAGGAGCUGGCGCGAGCGUGGAUUUUGGAGCUGCUUGAAGGAGGCCAAUUAAUUGUCCCUUCAGAUUGGAAGGAGAGAGUUGGACGAGGCGAAGUAGUUACGGAGGCAGUUCGAGAAUGGCAAAUAAGAGAGCAUGAAGGGCACAUGGCAAGCGUAGUAGGUAUUGUCAGAGACGGUGGGGUCCUGGAUAAACAUGCUGAAUUUGCUGAAGCGGCAAAAAAGGGCAUUAAGGGUCUAUGUAUUCUAGGAGAGCUGGACGACCUGUGCAGCGUGCAGGACUUACACCAUGUUGGGAUACGGAAUGUUGCUGUCGUUCCGCAGGUGGGACAUGGAGUUGUGAGAGAAAGGGUGCCAGAAGUCGCCCGACUAAUCGAGGAUUUCUGGAACAAGCUCUAG